AUUUUGAACGGUUCGGAUUUGUUUUUGGAUUGAUACGGCGUCCCGGAGAUGACGACACAACCUAAUAUUCCACAAAAUCAUUUUUUCCUUCAAAAAUCAGUUUUUCCCACAAUCAACGAAUUUUGACGCAAAGGUUGAAACACAAGUGGUGUGGGUGUGGGUGUGGGCGGAAGGAUGAGCUACCUACUGAGAACAUUAACGAAGAAGGAAGAGGUCGAUUCCAUGAUCAGAGACACCAUUGAUAAGCUACUCGUCCUUCGCUUCGGCAGAUCUUCCGACUCCAUCUGUCUUCAACUCGAUGAUAUACUUUCAAAAUCAGAACGAGAGGUAUCGAAAUUCACUAGUAUAGCAUUAGUCGAUGUUGAUUCGGAGGAAAUUCAAGUUUACAUCAAGUAUUUUGACAUCACACUCAUCCCUUCCACGGUUUUCUUCUUCAAUGCUCAUCACAUGAAGAUGGAUUCGGGGAGUGCAGAUCACACAAAGUGGGUAGGUGCAUUUCAUAGGAAACAGGAUUUCAUUGAUGUUGUAGAGGAAAUAUUUAGAGGAGCCAUGAAAGGCAAGCUGAUAGUGAAUUGCCCACUUCCUCCUGAGCGAAUACCCAAGUUCCAACUCUUAUAUAAAGACCUGUGAAGCUAAAUCUCAUGCAAUGAUUGCUAUUCACAAGGUGUUUGUUUCUUUUUUAAUUAAUGAACCCAAUAAGAUAAGCUAUAUAGUAUAUAUAUGAGUGUUUUUUUUUUUUUUUUUUUUUUUUUUUUUUUUUU